AUGGCCUCUGCACAGUCAGUCGAUCAGAGGGUUUACGCCACGACUAAAGAAGGCGACGACUUCAUCCCCAAGACCGCGAAAUGGACAUGCAAAUUUGGACCUACCGAAGCCCAAUGUGGGAAAAUCAACAAUGAUAUAACAAAAAAGCAAUGCGAGAGAUGUGGCUUCAUACGCUCUGAUGCAGUCGCACACGUCGGGGAGAGGCUCGAUGAGGGGGCGAAGGGGAGGUGUUGGGAGAUCUGCGAGAUCGAGGACGAUGGGACUGAAGUUUGGACGUAUGGCUUCCGUCGUGAAUGGAAUGAGUGCUGGGCUCGUUCUGGUUCGCAUCUGAGGAAUCUUUCGGAGGCGAGUUGA